CUGCGUUUACCUCUAAAUAGCACCAUCUGCUGGUGAUCUGCUAUCAACGAUGAGGGAAGGGGAUUUUUAAUCAGAGGACAAACCAAAAACAAGAGAAGGAUUAUUAAAAAAAACAUUUUCAUAUGUUAUAAUUUCUUCGAACAGAAACGAAUCUAUUCUUUUGUCUUAAUUUUUUUGUCUCUUAAUCUAGUCUGAUUUGAUGUUGGUGCUUUAUUAUUAUUUUUUAUUUGUGUGUCUACUGAAUAUUUUCUAUCCUAUUUGACAUAAAGUGAUAAAUGGAAGAAAACAGGAGUCAAAAAAAGUCAAACUAUUGUUUCACUUUCACAAUAAAAUACGUUGUGCAUCCUCUGAAAGGGAAAAAAGGGUCAACGGUUGUUUUACUUUCAAAAUAAAAUAACCAAGCUGAGGCUCUAGGACCUGUUUGUUGUUAUGGUAACACACACCGAGCUGAGACCCCAAACAUUUCUUUCAAAGUUUACAAAGGGAGCCAUGGCCUCUUCGCUCAAAAACAAAGCCUUUUCGCUCAGUUCCUGGAAAACCGAAGAAGAUAACGUAUCUAUGAAUAUGUUUGAUAAUAUGCGAGCGAAAAUGAGAGAGGUUUGUACCGGAGUGUUUGAAUUUGGAGCUAGUAAGCCUAGCUAACUACAUACGUGCUAACAGGUGUUGUGCCGUAGAUUGCACCCCUGCCGUAGAAUGCAUCCGCUGACGGGAACGCGGUUGAAAGUACAUAAAAAGGCGAAAUAAUCCAAGUUUUCCUGACAAUUGGAUGGAUUCAAAAGCGUGUGCCUUAAAUGAUUUCAUUCAGACUAUUCAGAUAAACCGAAAACAAUAGCCUUCUGAUUCAGAAUAUUUGCUGUCCCGAAAAUAUAAUGUUCUCUACAUUAACAGCUUACUGUACAGUUUAUAUACCCAAGUACACCUCUGUAUGUGCAUUUUUGAGACACAUAAAAACAAAACAAAAGUUUGCUGAUCCAUUUGACAUGUUGUCAUGAUCCAAUACUCGUGUUUUUUUCAAAUAUCAGAUCAUUUUCUUCCGUUUUAAGAAGCUAAUGAGUGGAUGAGUUGCAGGGGUGCAUUUUACGGCACAACACCUGGUUGACGCCGUUUAUAGUUGAGCUGAAGUUUUUCUCACAAAAUGGAGGAAAAUACUUUUGAAAAGGCACAGAAGCAUUUAUCCAUAAAUACUUUAAUACUCGUAUUUGUCUUUAAACAGUCCCUGAUAAUGUCUUUAGUUGUUUGUCAGACAAUACUGAUAGUAUUUGUUGGCUAUUUGGUUAAGUUUACAAACAUACAAAUCUUUAUUCUACCAUAUCGUUUUGCAAACUAAACACUUAAACAACUGUUAGGGGCUUUUUAACCCAAAGGGUCCGUUUACUUAAGGUCAACAAUAUUCCAGUAGUCAAAGAUAAACCUUCUGAUUUCAUAUUGAGAGGGAAUUUUUACUCCAAACUUACAGGAGACAACUAUGAGAGAAACACUUUAUGAUAUAGACAAAGUAAGUUGAGUUUUGACCUUCAUGAGCUUACCUAGAUCUUUGACCUUAAGAUUGGAGCAGCAUAAGGCCAAAAAGUAACAGCAGCUUUUUCACCAAACUGUGUCUUUUGUCCUGGUCUAGGAUUGGCUCACGUGUUUUUACUGGUGUGUGUGUAUAAUUGCACCAGAGGACGUUUUAUAGCAUCUCUGGGACAAUAGGUUUCUAGGAUGAAAGCUUUAAUAAACACUGAAGGCAUGCAGGUCGCUCACUCACUCAGAGCUUGGACUGGACAUAGAUAAAGUCUGAUGGAGGAGCUGGACAGGUUGGAAACAGAUGAGAAGAAAGAGGAUAAAAGUGGGAGUAGUUUAUUUCACCAUCUUAUGGCACAGAGGAAGGAUGAAGAGGUGGUUUGUUUGAGAUUGAUCUAAGUUAAAAGAGGAUUUAUGGAGAUUGUAAAACUCUAAGCUUGUUUUUGAUUGUAAAUUGAGGAGAUUUGUAAUGUGCGUGUUUAAUAUGCGAGGGAUCACCCUGCAAGUGUUUCAGGGUUUUUAUCUUUUAGCUUGUCUGACACUUUUCUUCAUUGUCUCCUCAGAAAAUCGUGCUGCAGCGGCUGAUCGUGAUUGCUCGUCUCCCCCGUCAUCUUGCUGACAGGAAAGAAGUAGGAGGUCAGCUCACUGUUACCUUACAGCUACAAGGAGAGAGAGCACAAAAGCCCAUCGCUUGAUAAUAAGUCAUUUAAAUUCAACUGACAGUACCAUUCUAAUCAAUGAACUAAUCACCUUAUGCUUGCUUAAUCCAGCUCUCUUUCGGGUGAAAUGAAGGGUGAUGGUAAUCUCAUUGAUAUUGCCAACACUAUUUGUAAACUGGGCUUCAGAUCAUAGAAAAUCUGUUAAAUUUUCUGUUAAAACGGGCGACAGUCACUCUGAAAGCAGUAAGAUUCUUCCUUGUUUCCUUGAUGUAGCGCCUUUAUAGCUUUCACACCUCUGGAAGUGAAUGGAUGUCUGCGUAAAAAGCCUGUUGGUUGGAAUUCUCGGACAAAAAUAAAAGCAGAAAGCUCACAAUACAACUCCAAGGAAACACUUGGGGUGUGUUUUGACAACACAGCUGUGCUUACGGGUUGUCAGGCUGCUCAGUGGCCCUGCUGUGUGGAACAAAUCAACAGUUUUUGUUUGUUUCCAUGCAGCUUAUUAUGAAAGACUCAACUCCCAGCUCACUAAACAGUACAGAAUGGAUCCAAUGACUGGUCUUCUCUUAAUCUAUUCAUCCUGUGUGCUGCAUAUCAUCGAGGCAAGUGUUCCAGCACAUUAUUAUUCACAGCAUACGUCUUUGAUUAAAGCUUGUGAUGUGAUGUCUUUGUUUCUGUGCGGCUCUGUUGCAGUCAUCCUGGGACGUUCUGCUGGCUGUUUUGAAAGACCUGAAAGAGAUGCAACAGCAGCAAGAAGAGUAAGGUUGCUUUAUUCGUCUACUGAUGAAUGAAGUAGGUAAUGUGUGGUGUGCACAUAUCUGCUUUUGAAGGUUGGAAAAAUGAAAGAAUAUCCUCCUGGGACCCUGUAAUUCAUUUUUCAGACAUGAUGAACAGUUUUAAAACCUCAUAAGCUGUCAUACUGAAACCUGUUGAACCAUGUAGGGGACAUUCUGGCCCUUUAGUGAGUUAUCAUUUGCAGUAAUGAGCAGGACACAGAUAACUUAGUUUCAGAUUGUGGACGAAAGCUCAGACUUUGAGCUUCCAGAUGAUGUAGAAACACAGAAACAGGGUGAAAAGUAAAGUUUGAGACAGCCAGGUUGUUAGGAAUUAUUGUUUUGGCUUGUGUGAACCCAGUUGAAGCCGUAUUAUGCAUAAUAUCACUCUUGAGGAUUCUGAAGCUUUGGCUCCAAAAGUCUUGCACCUGCAAAAAUUAUAUGAAAAACGUGAAUUUUUAUCAUCCUGGUGUCCACAACAUGCCGUUGAAGUCUCCUGUGAGUAAAUAGGGACAUAAAGCUAUACUGAUGAGUACUAGUGAUGAGAUAAGUUUGUUAAAUUAGUCAGAGCUGCUGUUAAUAAGAAAUUAAAUAUUCACUUUUUGGAAGCGUUUUAUUCACCUUCUGUUUUGUCUUAUAUUUGAUUUUGACUCUACAAGCAUCGCCUCUGUUACAUUUGUAAAUAUACUCGUGCACACCCUCAUGGGAUCUGCAAAAACAGAAAUAAAACAGAUCUUAUUGUACUCACAGUGAGCCGAUUCACCUUAUUUUCACUUUUAUUUCAGUACCCUGCUGGAGGAUCCAAAGGUUCUGUUCAUGGAUCAUCAUCCUGAAAGCAGACUGUUCCAGCAGUGGAGCCACAAGGUUUGCUUUUCAUCGUCACCUCCAGUCCUGAAGUGACUAAAAAGGAUAUUUUUAUUGGACUUUCUGGUUCUCAAACUAAAAAAACUAUAUAAUCCAAUAUACUCAUGCUGCUCCCUUUGAUCCGUCGUCUGUAUGCUCUCCAGAUUAUUUACAGCCUGUGUGUUUUGAAUAUUGUGUGACUGAGUGUUUGAUCCUGUUGACUGAAGGUGCUCAGUGCAGAACAGACUGUCAGGGACACUGGACCAAAGAGACUGGAGGAGGAGGAGGAGGGGGACACAGAGACUCUGUUCUGCUCUGUCAUGUCAGCGCUGCAGAAACUGUCUGAAAACGUGGACAUACCUAAAAAGGUGAGUCUACUUUCAUCUUUUUAUUCACAUGUACGUUUCAUUUUCUUUAACUCCAAACUGUCAGGCUUACACUGAAGUUUUUCUCUGGCUGUUUGAACGUACAUUUAGAUCAUACCUGGAUCAGUACAUGAUGAAACUCCGGAGCUGAUCGUCUCUCAGAAAGUGCUGGAAAAACUUUUGGACAGAGAUGAAGUCUUGACCCUAAAGCAGUAUCUAGAGCUGUACGACUCGCCGUUACACAUCGACAUGGACUUCGGUAAGAGGCACCUUUGGAUGGAAAGAGGAUCUUUAGAGAACAAUUGUACACAGACAAAUACAUUGAUUACUCGGCAUAAUCUCAGGAGAGCAAUAGAGAGAAUUUUAACGAUUGUAUACACACAUAUAUCUGUAAUCCAUCAAACAAAAAAGUGACACUUCACUGAGUUGUAUCUUGUGAUUUCUUCACAGGACAAAUUGUUCGAAGCAGCUGCCUCACCACAGUUUAACUCACUGGACAAAGUCAAAGGUCAAAACUCAUACUGCAUGAUCAGUACAUGUGAAGGCAUCCAAACCCAACUCCUUUAAAGGGACAGUUCCCUCAAAUUUAGUUUGUAGCACAGAAAAUAGUCUGUCUGUCAUUUCCAUCUGCUUAAUAUUUCUGCUUUCACUCUGACUCAACCUGCACAAGUAGAAAUUUGUUUGUGGAGUUCAGUUCAUGAGUGACAUCGCCUCCAGAACUGGAUUUAAAUGAAGAAACGACUGAUUUCACUGGGAUGUAACUUUAGCAAAGUCGUCCUUACUUCAGAAAAUGGGAAAAUGUGUGUAAACAGGAAUGUUUAACAGUCAGAUUCUAGUUUAAAAAGCUCUUUUAGAAACCACAGACUGGAUCAAGAAAGGAUUGUGAGCCAUAGUACGCAGCCCUACUUUCUUAUUUUCUAGUGUUGAAGGUUUGAAAUUUAGAUUUUAAGGCUAAAUGUAGGUUGUUAGAAGAAGUGAUCAUGGUGCCCCUCUAAUUCCUCAUGAGGAGGCUGGUAUUAGCGGUUCUUUGUCUUCACAGCCUCAUAAAGCUGCCCGUAAAGGGUUUCUUUUGACUCUUAUUUAAAUGUCAGUUUAAGUUAUUGUUAACUCCACAAGUAAACGAUCCGUCCACCUUUACUAUCUGCAUGUCUCCAUCCCUCAACAGGUUCUGCAUCCACAUAAAAAUUGAUUGAUGUCUCUUUAUGUGAAGCACACUGUGUUUCGACCGUGAAAUGUGCGUGUCGAAGGCUGAUAUUAAGCCCUUUAACAGCUUCCACACAGCAUGCAUGCUCUGUCAUCAUGGCGCUCUGCAUGCUCCGGGGGCUUUCAGCGCCGUCGCUGUCUGCAGCUUUAAAAUUUACCCUGCAAUUCAAAAAAGUAAUCCAAAUGUUUUAUGCCUCUGCAGAACGUGUUUGGCCUUCACUAAAGCACCUUGGAUGUGACGAAUGCGCCCUAGCAGAGAGAAAUCACUCUGACAGUUUGAUACCGGCGUUUAACGUACUCCAGCUCUUCAGCUCUCCUGCUCUCUCUUUAAAAUAAGCCUAUAUCCGAACAUUAAACACAAAAAAGCACAGGAAACCGAAGUGAUAUAAAAACAUUUUUAAUAGUUUCAACAUUCGGAUGAGGUUAAUCUUAAUUUUCUUUUACUGUACACUGUGUUCCACUUGGUGACCAGGAGAUAUCGUGUCCGAGAAAAGGCGUUUCCUCUUUACUACAAACGCUCAAGAGUCCACAGCAUCAGUACGGUUUCACACAAAGAACCUCAGAGUCUGAAAAGAUUCCUUCAUGUGUUCCCUUUUUUAUUUUGGCCCCAUUACUAGGAACUUAAAUGAAAAGAAGAGAUGAUUGGAGAUGUGUUUGUCAUGGCUGCAUGCACCACAGUGUAAUCUACAAACUGUAAUCGAUAAAAAAAACGAAGCGUGUUCCUUCUUGCUCGAGUGUGAAGUCAUAGAAAGAGAUUCCAGCAGUAUUUUGGGCACGAACAGUCGUCUCUCGAGUCAAGUUAGCUGGAGAAUCUGGUUUCCCUGACAUUAGCGUCUGCUCUGAUGUGCUUCUUUAAUCUGCAUGGAGAUAAAAACGGUCGAAUAAACUGUAGUGACACGACAACAACGGUGACACACGGUGAGAACAAACAGCAAACGUUCGAACCCAAAAGUGUUGGCAGAAUGGAUGAUGAGUUAGAGUAGAAAAGAUCAGGGGGCAGCACUGGGUUACUCUUCUCUUAUAAAGAUCGAUCUAUCUUAUAAAAAAUAAAUACAAGCACAUUUAUAUAGGACCAAAGAUGAGACGUUUUUCAUAGGCAUGGUUUAAAAGCAUGCUGCCGAGCUCCACACAGGACAAUGUCGAAUCUAACACCCCCACCCUCCCUCUCCCCAAACUGGGACAUAACACACUUUUAUUUAUACUGUCUUGAGUAAUCACCACCCUCUUUUACUUCAACCAAAAUGUCCACAAUACCAUCUAUCACCAGUACAUUCCUAUUCAUGUAAAAAAUAAAAUAAAAUAAACAAAGGCCUUCAUAUUUCAGAGCUGAAAGGGCAUGCUCAUAAAGCUGUAACACUGGAAACUGUCUCUGGAAUCUCUUGCCGCGAGUUUUAUUGUUAAUAAAGUUGUGUUUUUGGUGGAUACUCUAUGUACAAGCCUUAAUCUGAAAGCCUUCAGUACAAAACGAAGAGCAGCACAUCGUAACACAGAAAUCCAGACAAAGACAGGACGCCAUUCAACUCAGCACGGCCAGAUUUGAACAACAGCUUUUUUUUAAAAAACUUUGUGGUUUCAUCAGAUCGCUCCUAAAAAUGCGUAUGAAUUUCACUAAAGCUGACGUAGUUUGUAGAAUAAAAGAUCGAGGGAUUUAUAAAAACAUGAAUCCGCAAAUAAAUUCAAAUUUUCGAUCUAGCUUACUAAGAUUUUCUGUUUCUGUUUUUCUUUGAGAUGGUGGACUUUUUGUUUGACAUCAUAAUAAGCUUCAGGAGGUUGUGAUGGUGUUAUUUAGAUAUUAUUGGGCAUAUGUUUAUUAUAAUUGUUAUAAUAAAACCUGAAAUCAGUAGAGAAAUUGGUGUAAGAAUGAUUAAUAGAUUAUGAAGGGUUGGAGGGACCACCUGACAAAAACAAUCUGAGAUUUCAAGAAAAGCCAAAAACUUACAGGAUUAAAGUUGAAGAUUUAAAAUUAUGACUUAUUCUCAUAGAUUCGUCUUCUUAUCUCAUAACGUUCUUAACUCAUAACUCUUAUUCUCACUUCAUUCCUGAAUCAGAAUUUUGUCAUCCUUAAUGAGGCCCUGAUCCUGUUUCAAUCAUUCCCCCUCCCUUCUCUUUAAAAAGAAAUUCCAGUUUUCUUUUUGAAAUGCUUGUGAAAGCACUGAAACACAAGCUUAAAGCUGCUGUGAGGAACUUCCCGUUUGUGUCAAUUUUGGCGCCCCCCUGUGGACAAAGUCUUUUCACAGUGAAAUGUGACACCUGACCCCUCACAGCGAUUAGAGACAUCACACAUUACAACAAAGAAAUAGACAAUCUGAUUUUCGAUGGUCUCGUUUUCUCCUCGGGGUCGUGACUGUUGAUUUCCGCCUGUUUCGUUACCAGUGAAAAAUCCUCACAGGAGCUUUAAGCAGCGUUUUUAUUGAGUUAAUCUACAAACUACAUUGAACUUUGACCCUACUUUAAAGCCAUGAGAGCUACUGUACCUUAAAAUGUUUCACUGUGCAAAGUCUACUCAGUGUUAUUUUGUGUGAAUGUGGCAAUAUUGUGCUAGAACCUUUAACGUUAUAUUUACAGGAUAAUUUUAUAAUGCUCAUCAUCAUUUAUAUUUUCAAUACAGUAUAUGUAUAUACUUAUUUAUACAUAUAGAUUUAAAAUUCUCCCCUCUCAGUAUGUACAGAACAUGUUAUGUACAGAUGCUCUGGUAUUUACAGAAGUCCUGUGAGUUUUAUCGCACUUCCGAGGAACGAGAUGGCAGAGCAGCACAGUGACUUUGAGGCCAUGUUCAGUGGAUGAUCUCUGGAGAAAAUGGAAAGUCUUACAAAUCUGGAUAGGUCACAACAAAACCCACCACAAGGCAAAUAACAAACUGCUGCUGUCGUUAACGCAUGCGAACCUCGUAGCUCCAGUUUUCGUGAUAUUCAAGUGUUUUUCUUCAGCGCGACAGCAGGGAAAUCUGGUCCCGUGUUUCUUUUUUUGAAAAUUCAAAUAUGAUUCAUUUAUCGUGGAAACAAUCACAUCUCCUCAGACCCAGUAAAAAGGAUUCAGAAAUAUCUCUGUAUAAAUACUCUCAUCAAAAUAAACACAUAUACACAUAUCUUUGCACUUGCCUCUGGUUCAGUAAUACAGAGCAAAAAUAUCAGCUUCAUCAGACAGAUUUCAUUUGAGCUGCGAGGUGAGAUGACUGAAACUGAAGCUGAAGCUGCACUGACAGAGAAAGAGUUGUGCUUCUUUUGCCUCUGGAGCUGCAGCUGUUCUUUCCCGAGACAAGAAUAGCACCUUUUUUUUCUGAGAGUGUGACUGUUUUCAGCUCUUUGUGAUGAUAUGGUGGGAUGAUGUUAAACCUCAGGACAAAAGGAAACAAUCCUUUACCUACAUGCUCUCGCUUGGAUGAUUCUCAAGAUGUUCGAACAGGGUUUGGACUUCAUUAUGGAGCCUGUAGUGUGCCAUCAAAACCACCAUAAGGUUAGCUUUCCAAGUCUGCGAGUUUUUGUGUCCAGCAAGAUGUUAAAAAACACAAAGCAGCAGACAGAAACAGCACUUAGAUGAUUUGUAGAUAGGAUCUAAGGAGCCACGUAUUCUAUUCAGGAUUUGGUAAAUAGGUCACAGAGACACUCAGAGCCAAGUACUCGAAGUUUCCUUCUCUUCCACAUCGGCUUCAUUUUUUUAUGUUUUAUACUGUCUGUCUAAAACUUACAAUCAUGUUUCUUAAUUUGUUUUCUCAAAUUGUAGCAUGGCAACAGUGGACGAGGCUUCUAAAACGUUAUGACUCCACCUCUUUGCCUCUUUCUAGGUAACCCAACCCAUUUCCUCCACUCCAUAAACCGAUGCAUGCAGGCUCCGAUAUGUCUUACACUUGGACCCAAUCGCAAACGAGGCUUUAAGGUCGUAAAUUAACUACAAAUGGAUGAAGUCACUUAGACCUUGUCCGUGUUUUCUACAGUUUUGUUCACAAACACAUAGCCAUAAUUUGUUAUCUAAAACAGAGAAAUGCGACUUUGCAGCAUGGCAACAGUGGAUGAGGCUUCUGGAGUGCUUGGUUACCGAGUGCUUUGGGAACGUAAAGAGACAGAAACUGCUAAAAAACAGGGUUUCAAAACACCAAUCCAAGAUGACUAGGGAAGUUUUUUGAGCUGUGAAUCAUAUAAAACUCCUACAAAAAGACAGAGAGACAAAAUAUGACCCAAAAAUGAGCAUAUGGCUCUUUUUUUUCUGAUAAAAUAUUGAUUCAGACCGGAGCGGCGGCACACUCCAGGCUCCACACCUGCACAUCAUCCUGGUCUUUGUUGAUUCAGCUCCCUUACUUCACACAGAAAAACUAAAAUCCAACACAACUUUGCUUGCUGCCAAAAUAAUUGAGUGCAAUCACAUGGAUAUUUCAUUUCCUACCUUACCAGGUAUUUAACGUUAUCAAAAGCCAUUUGAACCUUCCUGUUUUAUACCUUUCUUAAAUAAUGUUUCUCAUAUAUUUAAAUUCUUCCUGACAGCAUAAACUAUAUUCUCUCUGGAUACUAUGGUUUCUUUAUAGCUCUCCUGUAGAUAGAAAAUAUGAUCUGAUCUGAGUUAUAAUGCUAUUUGUGUCAUAUAUUCUGAAAAUGUACAGUAUAAACAAUAAAUAUUCAGUGUGGAGAUCCUCAUUGAACGCCUUGUAAAUACAGUGAAGAGUGUGAUUGGACUAGUUACCUCUUUGCAACCUGGUAGUUAUUUUCCCUAAACGUCUAAAACAUGCAUUCCUGUUUACGCUCCACGACACCAACAGUGCAACAUCAUAGAGUACAAUUACCAAACACAUACAAAAACACACACACACACACACUUUCCAUAAAAACCGCAUACUGGCACACUCACAGUGAACGCUCAGGUGGGACAGGAAUUUGGGGGGUUGUUGCCACCGCGCGCCAAAGAAGGCAAUUUCAGCUGACACCCCGGGGAAUGAAGGAUGAGUAUGAAGUGAGAGAUGAAAAAAAAACAGAGAGAGGAAAUUAAAAAAAGCCUUAGUGUGGCAGGACAGAUGUACAGUACUUCUUAAAUCCACUGGAGAAACAGCGACAGCAGCAAAGAGCGCUCACUCCUCCCAGCAGCCGGUUUCCAGACUCUCGUGUGAAGUCAAAGGCAAUAUUGCAAGUGAAUCAAAUAAGGCAAAAAGGAACAUAAAAUAUUAAAUAAAAACAUGUUUCCAGCCAACGUAAAAUGGCAAAAUGUGCGUCUGAUCAAAAGUCCCCUGACAACAGCAUCUCAGAUACCUCGUAGUUUCUUCUAGUUGUGUUUUCUUUUAGUUGAACCUUGUUUUUAUUUUGAAGAGGAGCCCGUGUUCGGAUCGAGGUUGAAGUAAUGCAGCUUGAGAUGUAAAAAGGUCGAUGGACGAGCGCGCCGGGGUGUUUGAUUUUUGAGCAGGUGGUGCAGCAGUAGCAGAAGUUGUGUGGGAACUCAGUGGUGUCAUAGCACUGUGCUCUCAGACUCCUCCUCCAUCUCUGCUUUGUUGUUCGUCGACUCGAGCAGCGCCACUGAGUUCCUGAAGGGGGAGAUGUGGGGCAAGUCAAAAAUACCGUCCAGGUCCACGUCGAUGACGGGGAUGUCCAGGUUGCAGAGAGCAUCUGGCGGAGCAGAGACACAGAAUAAGAAGAGAGCAGAGUGGAGGCAGCAUGUUGAGACACAUCGACCCUGAGGAGAUCAUUUCAGUCAGGCUGGAUGAUGUUACAAACAGCAUGGGGGCACUUCACUGUAGUUACAGUAUGAAGAAAUCCAAGAUGCAUGAUAGGGAUGCACGGUACUAAUUAUUCAAGGGGCAGUCAUCAUCGACAUUUACCCCCAUUUAUGAAUUUCUAUAUUUCUAUAUUAAAGGUAAUUUCUGCAAUUUAGUGAAGAUUAUUUAUGAAAAGCUUGAAUUGAUUUUUAAUCACAUAAAUAUGAAUGUUGAUUUUGGUUUUAACUCUGAAUGAUCCUUUAGUAUUUACAUGAGGAGCUAGUCCCUUUCCACCGAGGCUGCCGUCUUGCACAGCCUACGGCAGCACAGACGGGAAAAGCAAGUAACAUCGUAUUUAGUGAAGCAGAGCAGCAAUUUUUGUGCAAAAGAAUUUGUAUCUGAGUUUUAGAUGAUAAAAAUGUGACAAAAAGAGAACCAUAAAAUCAUACAUCACAGGAGCGUCUUGUUCUCAGAGGCCACCGUAGCCGCUGGAGCUCCACUAGUGCAAAGGGUGAGCAAGGGAGCAUUUCUAUGUAGAAACUGACUGAUAGCCUUUGUCUAUACACUGAACCUAUAGGGGGAUACUCCGGCCUAUAAUUAAGUUGGAUCAUUUCUUCAUGGAAAUACAAUCAGACCGAGACGCUAAGGCAGAAGAACUACCGCGUCUGCAGUUCAAAAUGAUUAAUAUGAUGAUUCAACUUCAAAGGAAUGAUAAAGAAAUGAUCAUAAAUGUUCUUCUUUGAGCUGCGUCACCCCGCUGUAGUCCAUAAUGGACUCGCCCGGAGGUCUCUGUACAAACAAGCGUCUGCUGGAAGAGAGUAGGUGAGUUCUCUUUAGUCUCUUAGCUAAAGAAAUCAGGCAAAGCUAAAAAGAUGUUUGGUGUCUAGUACUAUGUCUGUGACCCUAUAUGUCCUGUUGAUGAAGUUAGGUGCUGUUCUGAGCAUUAUUUGUGUCUAUAGAGUGGCGUUUUGUUUGAGCGUGUGGCUAUCUGCGGUCGUUACUAAAGUUUGUUUAACUAGAGAAGCAAGCGGUCGACAACAUUCAUCUCUCAACAGGGUGUCUAAUGUAUGUAUUUCAAGGAUGUUGUUGGAAAUUGGCAGAAUGUCAUUAUUGUGCAUCCCUGCUAAUACUUGAUUGAGACACAAUCAAUAACCACAAAGACUGAUCACUUCAGUGAACGGGGUCGAGCACAAAACCACAGGAUCAAUGCAGUCAGUCGUACUGGUCUGUACAACAGAAUAUAUUGACCUCAGUUUGAUGAUGUGUAACUGUGUCUUUGUCUCGGUCGUGAUAAUGAUGAUGUCCACAGUAAACACAUAUGAUGAACGACUUCACACCGCACAGACAGGAAAUGCGUCUUGUUUGAGGAAGUCAUGGGCAGUGAGGCACAACACUGGAGUGGAGUGGGAGUUUAGGGGGUUGGUUGCAGUGGGCUGUCGAAGGUAGGGGAUGGCAGCUAGAGCAGGGCAUUGUGGGAGGAAAUCACAAGACAGGAAAAAGGGUUUUUUUGUGUCUGCCCUGGUUUGUCUGUUGGACACGCCCACGGAAGCCAUGCAUCGCAUCAGUCUCAGCCAUCAUGCAAAGGCCAACAAAUCAGGUUAGAGCCGGACAGCUGGACAGCGACACAGCCGCUGCAUGGAGAUAAAACAUAAUAGGAAAUGAAGUCCUCAAGAGUCGGCCUUAGAGGGAGGCUGCCACAGAGAGCGGGAUCACACAGAAACCUGAUCCCAUAAUCUGCUCCCCAUGGCAGCUUCACUCCAACGCAACUUGGCUCAUUUUGGUUGCGAUGGCAGGGGAGGGUGUUGGAAGGGCGGGCGAAGGGGGUAGGUGAGGCUUUAGCACAGGAACUCCUGCUUACCCUAAAAGUCCCUCUCUUAAAGAAUCACCCUGAACCUCUGGGCUCAUACUGCUGUAAGUGAGACAAUAAGAGCAGUCGACAAGAGGGGAAAAUUAGACCAAAACAUCAUUCACACCUCCCAGAAAUAUUCAAGGACAUUUACACAAAGAAGGAUAAUUAAUAAAGUCACUCAGCCUGAAACAGAAGAACUCAAAGUUAAUGGACGGAUAUUUCCUCAUUGUCAACAAAUCCCAUAAAAAAAACAACUAAAAGUGUCUCAGAGUCUUAGUGAAGUUUAGCAGGUGUGGUCAUAUGAAAGGCCUGUUGUUACCUGUGGACAUGCUCUCUCCUGGAGACAAACCGUCCAGCAGACCUGUCGAAUGCUCCAGAGGUUGGGGACUGGUGCCCGGCGUGGAGGGGGGCUGAGGCGGCGGUAAGCUGGGCCUUUGGCGGGGCGGUUUGGGUGUCGGCCUGUUCUUGGUGAGGGUUCCGGCCAGAGAGGGAGGAGAGGAGAGAGACGGAGUGGUGGCCAUCUGAGAGGAACCAGGUGAGCCGAUGGUGGCGUACCCCUGUGGGUAGCCGAAGCCGUACGGGGAGGGAGUGCUGGGAGGAGUGGGCGACAGGCUGACUGGAGACGGCUGACCUGUUGACUGGUCCGACAUGGCUCCUGUCUGGCUGUAGGGGCCUUUAGGUGGGAUUGGGGCCAGCUUCUUUGCUGUGGAGGUUAAGAAUGAUUGACAUCUGAUUACAAUCAAUCAAUCAAUCAAAUUUUAAUUUUAAAGCACUUUCAAUAAAAAUAAAUAAAAAUACUAAUACCGAACCCCACCAGAACCUUCUAACCUCCAUUCAACACAUACAACCCUCACACACUCACACACACAGAUGCACACACUAAAGACCAGGACUCUUCAACUUGCCACAGAUGACUGAGAAAACGCUAUCUUGAGUUAAAAAAUAGUGAGAAAACACUUGAUCUAGGACUAAAAUGCUAAAACCAUGAUAAAAUAUAAUAAAGGUGAUAAAGCGUUAAAAGUGAAUUAAAUAAAAGUCUCAAAAUCAAACAGUAAAAUAGAGUAAAUUAAUCAAAAGAGGUAAUAAAACACAAAAUAAUUACUCUAGGACUAAAAUAGCAUAAAAUCACACAAUGCAGAUUAAAACAAAAAUCCAACUUACAAAACUGUGAUAUAACCCAAAUCCUAAAAGAUAUGAAGAUGCUGUGUUCCUCACCCAAAAAAACGGAGACUAAAGGGUUUCAGAAGGUAAUGAUAAAAUAAAAGAUUUUGCAAUCCUGUUUGAGAUUUUGAAAUAAUAAUAAUAAUAAUAACUUUAUUUUUAUUGCACUUUUAAAAACAGACGUUUACAAAGUGCUUUGACAAACUGUCGUAAAGAACAUACAGAACAUCGGCACAUGGAAAUAAAAACAAAUAAAAAACAAAAGCUCAGUUAAAAACAAGACCUCCGAAUUAAAGGCCAAUUUCAUUUGUCAUAAGGAACCCAGACAAUACAAGAACCCUACGACAUAAAAUGAGACCAUGAGGACCAAAAUAAAAACAUAAAAUAGGUAAGAAGAAGAAAUGUAAUAAAAAAGGGGGGUAGAGUAACAGGAUAGUAAAUAUAAAAAGACGAUGUUAAUAAUGAUAAUAAAUCAUAACAAAGUAAUUAUGAUGGUAAUAGUAAUGAUAAAAUGGAAUAACAAAAAUGAGCAGGAAAAAACAAUAAAAUACAUAAGGACUAAAAGGUUCAAUAGGAAAAGAUUAUAAGUAGAACAAAGACUUAAAAGACAGUAAGUCGAAAUAAGAAAUAAGAGGUAAAAGAGAUAAAAGAUACAGAUAAAAGAAACAGCCUUCUUACCUCUCCUCAGUGAGUGUGGGCUGUGCUCAGAGUGCUGCGACUGUCCACUAGAGGUCAUGGUUACCUUCUGCCCGAUCACCGGAGACAGCUCCUUGUUCUUGAGCGUACUGAGGACAGAGUGAAGGAGAACAGACACAGGAGUUACAAGCUGCAGCUCACUCCUCUUUGAUAGUAUGCCAAGCCUGUUUCCAUAAAUUUCAUGGCUUAUUAAAAUAAAAUAAAAAAUGAGAGCACCCAUAGUUCAAUGUCAAGUUACGGCAGCGUCCACUGCUGCAGACGGAUAUGUUGUCUAUACUGUGCUGCAGCAGAAGCGGGUCAAGAAUCCCCAAACAAUCCUAAUGGCUUAAUGGAUUUUCUUUACUGUUAUGGUGCAGUGCAGCUGGAAUGCCAAUGGGAAGAGGGGCUGAAGGUCACGCCAUAACCAGUUUAUACUCCGACUGUCUGUCAGCACAUGAGGCAUGAAUGAAUGAUUGAAGCUGCUGUGAUAAAGGGUCCAGACAGAGCUGUGCACAGGGGGGUCUUUGUGUGUUUUUUUUUUCGUUCCAAUGUCAAACAUAGUAACGUCCUUCACUGACGCUGAUGAUGUGUUGUUUCACUCGAGUGUAAAUCACAGAGUGUUUGUUUUCGUUCAUUGUCAAGGUCUGAUCCUGCAGUCUAGCACUCAGGGCUGGCUGGGUAAUGCUAUGACUCAUUAACGCCCACUUUUAUAAUGGUAUGCAAUGAAAGCUUUGAAUUUCCUUUGUUGCCUGGCAACUGGCUCCUGAAUAUCCUGCCAGGAUGGAAAGUUAUGGAUUUCAUUCAUGGUUGUUAAAUUAAAGAUGGAUCUGAUAAUGGUAUUCCUGAAGAGCUCUGUUUUCCAUGACUGACUGUCGCACAGCUAAGGAGUGUGUGACGCUGUUGGGAGUCCCUCCGUCUCCUGGUCCCAUCCCUCUUUGUCCCUGUAUGGCCUCUCUUCAUUCAUGUGUGAGUGGUGUUGGAACUAGUUAAGCAGGGUUCUGUAUUUACCUAGUCAGCUUGGCUCCUUUCUCCCGGCUACAGGCACAGGCUGCCCAUGGAGGGGGAGCAGAGAGGGGGGUGUUGGGAGGUUUGGGGGAGCCAGGGAACAGAUCGUGGCGAGUAAGAACGAGCGGGGGUUUGAUGUAAAGGGUGGAGCCGUUCAAAUCGGACGGGGCGGCAUGCGAAGCGUCGGACAGGGAGACCUGUCUGGGCAGGUGCAGGGAGCUGGGUUUGGGGUUGGAGUUGACGUCAAGCUGCUGGGGUGUCGGGCUGAGGGAGUGGGGGAGCGGGGGUGGGCUGUAGCCGGUGCGGCGUGGGGGAGGGGACGUGCCGGGUGGCACGGACUCGGGACCGGGAGCGACAGGACGCUUACACGGCGGGGCACGGGUGAAGAAAUGGUGGUGAGGGAUCGUAAAGGAAGAGCAAGAAGAGGAGGAGGAAGAGGAGGAAGAGGGGUAAGGGGGGGGCGGCCUCUCCUCCUCAGGGGAGGGGUAGGCGUAACAGGAGUCCGACCAAUUGGAGGAUGCAUCAUCAGAGCUGCAAGAAUAAACAUAAGAAUAUUUCACGGGGAAAAAGUUGGUGUCCUGAAGCUACAAAGAUGUUGAUUAUUUUAGAAAGGUGGAGAGAGGGGUGGGAUUUUAAAGUUCGGUCUAUUAUUAUCGGGGAGAAAUCUGGUGAAAAUUAAUGACUGUGUGUGUCAGGAGGGAAAUUAGAAAUAAGAGCUUCAGGUGAAACAGCAGAGAGGAGAUAAAGAAAAAAGUGCUCUGUGGGUUUUAAAUGAUGAAAAAAUAAACAAAUCAAUAGAACAGAAAAGUCAGUCACCUCAUCCAUUGCAGGGCCUUGCGACAAUGGACAGUUAUGCUGUUAAUGAUGCUUGGACUAACAGCAAAAACAAAACAGAUCAAUUAUCAUGCACAUGCAGCAAUGAACCAUUCCUUUAAAACUCCAAACAAACUUUUCUUUUUAAACAUUUUAUAUCACAAAAAUUCGCCUGAAGAGAAUUUGAAGCUUCUACGUGCCACAGAGGGCGUUACUCUGAACAAGUCCACACAUGGAACUAGAAAUUCAACACAGAGAAAUGUAACCAGAGUGAGGACUUAAAGGACUAUUUCAGUGUUUUUAAAGUGAGAUUGUAUUAGCCAGAAUGGAUGCUAGUCAGCUCAGCCCCUUCGGUGAGAAACCGCUGAAAGAAACAGGACGCUAGGUGAGCAGACAGGGGUCGACUCUGCUGAGAACGGUAACAUCAUGAUUAGCUUAUAUAGCAUCCUGUUUCCGCCAACAUUUUCUCUAUAAAGAGGCUGUCUGGCACUUUUUGUGGCAAGUACAUUGAGAAGGGGGUGUCUGCAGGGCCGGAGAGCCCAGCAGAUCAACAACCGUGACAGAUCUACAACCCUCUUUGUGCCCCUGCUGGACGGAGUAGGUCAUUGCAUGACAGAUCCACAAACUGAAACACGUGACCACCCUUUCUCGCUGCGUCUUUCUCGAAAGUUAAUGGCUUUAAUAGAGCAAUGCCAUGAUUAAGUAUUAAAUGUGAAUCACAUCAUUUUUUAGUCAUUAAUAAAACUGUUGUCUUAAAUUUGACGGGGAAAUAAAUGUAAAUAUGACCGGCUCCGUUUAUGACAUUUUCCCUAUCCAUUUUCCAUGAUAGCCUGAAAUGCACAUUGAAUCUCCAUCAAGCUAAUGCUAACAUUAGCUUGUCGGAAGUCGAAAAUGUACUAUUUGACCCGUAGGAUACUAGCAUUGUAGUAAAUGAAACAGAAGUGUGAUUACUAAUAAUGUGCAUGAGAUUGCACAUGAAAAUAUACAAUAAAAACACACAAAAUAUCACAUUCAUCCGGCUCUGUAGACACAUACUAUUACAUUCAGGGGGUCACAAUCAUCGCCAAGGAAUAAUUAAUAUAAAAGCGAGGCCAAUCCCUGUGAAAUUGGGAUAAUAUAAGUUGACAUUUUGGUAGAAUAAACCCACGAUAUUAAAUAAUAAUAAGUAAGAAAUUGUAAAAUUUAGAUGAAAAUGUAAAUAUGUGAAUUAUUUAUUUUUAAUGUAAAUUUAAAAUCCUUGAAAGGAAGUGGGCCGAGUCCCAAGAACUGAACACUUUCUUCACAAAUUUCAAAGACUUUUAUUUUGAUUCGAUAAAAAUAUAUGGCUGCGGUCACUUAUUUAUAUAUUAACUUGUUUAUUGAAUUAAAUUUCUGGGCACAAAAAGGGAUGUGGAACAGUGGUUAAAAAGUGGGUUGUGGAUCUGUCCUGGUUGUGGAUCUGCUUGGCUCUCCGGCCCUGCAGACAUCUAGUAUUGAGUCCACUCACUAGUGACAAGUUAAUGAUCUAACCUCAGGUCAAAAACACUGAACUGUCCCUUUAAGAGCAGUCACAGAGUUUGAAAUGACACGCUUCAUCAAAGGUGAGACAUUGGGGAUCAAACGAGGUGAUGGGUAAGGACUUUAAAGGGGGUCAACAGAGCAACAGUGAAAAAACGUGAGGGGGGAGGAGCAGACAGCACUGCUCUGAUGUCAGCAGCAGGACGCAGCAGCAGACGCGGCAAAAGGAGGAGGGGCAACAGCAGGUGGGUGAUUGUGGGGGUGUUGAAACAGGAGGUAGGGGCACGACAGCCUUACCUGGCUCGGUCGCUGCUAUUGGGUGGAGGGGUUGGGGAGGGGGAACCGGUAUAUUCCCCAGCUUGCUCUGGGAUAAGAGCGUCACAGGGCGGGGUUGGGGGAUGCACGUUGGGUGGCGUGGGCGAGUUUUUGCGCGAAGAAGACGAGCCCCUGCGUGACACCCAUGUAGUGUCCAUCACUCUGACACCCAUGCUGCAGUGGGACAGAGAUGCACAGCCAAUCAAAUCAAGGGAGGGCCUGUGUGGAAGCGGUCUAAAGGGGGGGUCACACCCUAAACAGAUCAGGCUUAAACGGAUCCUUGUUCACCAUCUAGAGGCGGUGACGACCAUCAGCAAUGUGAGACCGUAGGAACAACCCUCAGCAUGCAAACAGAGAAGACUUUAUGGAAACAGAGUCUCGCUGAAAUGGAAAAGUUCUCCUGCGGGAUGAUAAUAAUGUACGAGGGAGGCAACAUUAAAGUUUAAACGACUGCUUCAUAAGAGCAGUUUGGUUUGAUGAACGGGUAUAAAAUGUGCAUUAGGACCCCUAAGAUGUUAGGAGGCCAGCUGGUCAUUUUAAAGAGCCAAUGGGUGUGUUUACAUGGACUUCAGUACCCAGGUUUGAUCACGCAGUCGUAUCACAUAUUUUUGUUUGUGCAUGUAAACAUCAAAUCCUGAUUUCAGAAACUGGGAUCAAAACCUGAUUUUACUAUUUAGCAGCUGCAGACUUUAAGCACAGACAAUUUUAAAGGUAUCGACGAACCGGCAUGGCAGCAUCUUAUUUUUAAAGUGAAAGAGGAACUAAACUCUUGAGAAUUAAGGAGGAUCAGAGGUUAAGAUUGGAGAAAGCAUGAAGACUCUGUGUUCGUUAAGGAGAUUUAAAGGUCCAGAUUUUGGUGAUUUAGAGACACUGUCGCUGUUUACAAAGAGACUCUCAGGAGGUCGACUAGAAAUUAGUCUGAGUCAGUAUUUUUUCUAUAUGGUGAUGUAGUCGAAGUUGUAAACUACUUCCAAGUCAUACUGUAAGUUUGACCAGAAUACACAAGUCCAUGUAAACACGCUUUUUCUCCUUUGAUUUAUAGCAAAAACUGGAUAAAAAAAGACUGACUUCACUUAUAUGGGAACAGCUAGCUUGGUUGUGUCUGAAAGUUAAAAAUAAAAAGUACUACAAGCAUCUUUUGAAGCUCGAUAAAUGACCCACCGUGCAUCUGUUUUCUAUUUCUGAACACCGAGGUCGGCUGAAUCGAGCCAAAAAAGAAACCAGUGCUGUUCACUGGAGAGAAAAGUGGUAUUUAUCAGUGGAAAUAUGGUCAGUUUCUGCUUUAAAACAAGAAAACAAACAAACGAAACAUAAACUGAAUCAACGGAAAUGUUGGGGUUAAGGCUAAACUAAUGAGCUGUGACUAUAAACUCUUCUUUGAGUUGAUAAGUGAGCUUUAAAAAUGCUCGUCUCAGACUUUCUCUUUUCAACAGAGCCAAGCUAGCUCUCCCCCCUCCUUUCUGUGUUUAUGCUAAGCUUAUUCGCUGCAGGUUGUUUCUUUAUAAUAAUCACACAGAUAUUAAAAAGAGGCACUAAGGGAUAUUUCUCAAACAAACCUCAGUGUGCAGCUCGCUCCACGCUGAGGUUUACCAACAAGCAGCCUUUGUCCCCACAGGCUGAACAAGUUCAUCAAGUGCCCGAAACUGCAAAGAUGCUACUUAUGUAAACACUGAAAGAAAGACCUGCUUUGUCCAUGUCGCCCGUGUGUCACCCCCACUCUCUUAGAGACAUUGAACUAUAGGAGUCCAAGUGAGUCACAGCAGGCAGACCUGACUGGAGCAUUAAACACACACAUGACAGAUGACAGACAGCUCCAGUCAGCAGGCAGCUGAGAUGAACAGACUGAUGAGAGGAUGACCCGAGGAAAAUGAGCGAUACUGUACCUUUGUAUCUUCCUAAUGCUGCGUUGUUGAAACAGAGACAAGCAAAAUGAGGACAGGAGUAAGGAUCAGGGAGGACAGACUCCCCCCCCCCCGGCUCAUUAACAGCAAUGUUAUCAAAGCAGCAGAGAAAGUUUUGGCAGGAUUAACUCGACUAGACAAGAGCCAAGAUGGAGGAGCACAUGGGGAGGCUGGCCUGGCGAGCGGCUGGAGCCACGCUGAGCGUAACAAGGAGAGUGAUCUUCAGGGGUGAAAUCUGCUGUCGUCAAAGCACUAAAACCAUGUCAGAACCCAGAGAGGUGAUUAUCAUUUCAUUUAGUCCUAAUGAGGCCAGAACCUCCCAGAUGAUAUAAGUUUAGACUUUCUUAUAACUGCAGAACGGUGAUUUGGUUUCUAAGUCAGAUAUGUUGAUAUGAAUAUUAAGGCAAAUCAUUUGGACAAGUCGAACUGAAAUUGGGUUUAUUGUGUUGAUUUGUAUUAUAUUCUAUCGUAGCUGUCUUCAUGUGGUUGUUUAGUACUUGUUGCAUCAGAUAUCUUAAGUUUAAGCUUAGACUAAUGCUGCAUUCCAGUUGUACUCGGAAGUUGGGAUUUCCAAACUCCGAGUCGGAAAUUCAUCUGGAAUGCCCCCCUGAAGUCGGACUAUCCUCAACAACCACUACUUUACGACAACAUCACAAUUCAAGAUGGCAGCGCAGUGCAUCAACAGUAGAGAGUAACACUUAAAGCGCUCGUAAUUUAUUAUUUAUCAGCGCUUCUGUUUUAUUUUGGUGAAAUUCAAUAAGUGGUUUAUGUUGUGCUGCCCAACGUCUAACUGUGAACACGUCGCCAUGGUGUUUGUAAGAGUAAAAUACUGUGUUUUGCGUUGUUUACAACUGGUAUAGCUAACAACUACUAACAACAACUGAUAACAGCUGGCAAUUGUAAACAACAGGUAACAACAGGUAACUGUAGGCCUCCAUCUUGGUUUUCCGACUUGUUAACUGUCAACUCAGGCGUAACGUCAUUCCCAGCUUCAACAUCCGACUUCUGAGGUAACUGGAACACAGAGUUAUGCUGCGCUCCAGUUACCUCGGAAGUCGGAGCUGGGAACGACGCCACACCUGAAUUGACGGCGUUCCACUAAACAGGUCGGAAAACCAAGAUGGAGGCCUACUGUUAGCCGUUGUUUACAAUUGUCAGCUGUCGUUAGCCGUUGUCAGUCAUUGUAAGUGGUUGUCAGCUGUUGUUAGUUGUUAGCUAUACCAGUUGUAAACACAGUAACCCAAUAGCAUGUUUCCAGCUUUUCUAGCCAAUCAGAGGCGAAGAAGGCAGGACCUUCCCCUACUAGCCUACGAAAAAUAAUAUCGCAAGCCAGGGUUGGUGAGGAUCGUCCGACUUUCUGAGUCUGAAAUCUGACUUAAUGGGGGCGUUCCAGAUGAAUUCCGACUCGGAGUACAACUGGAACACAGCAUAAGAUCUUAUUCAAACCUUGUGCUGCUGCUCGGCUGAUAUAGUUUCCUCUGUUGAAGUCUGACACCAAACUGAACCACCUGUUAGUUGAGACUUUAAUCCAACCCAGUCACAUUGAGAGGAGUACUGACCUUCAAAUCUGAAAAUAAAAACAGGAUCCCACUGCAGUUUCCCUCUCUUUUAAUUACCUCCCUGAUUAUCUCUUUAGAUUUAUGUCGAUAAAGUGAAGUCUGUAUCCUGCAUCAGAGAAUUAUGGGAAAUUUGACAUCUUUAUUGCUCUAAUGAUGGAGCACAAACCCCCAGAGCUGCAGCUUCUAGAUAUCCUGUCACGGGAGAAAAUUGAAAUGCAACUGAACAACAGCGUGCAGCCUUAAAUCUGCCAUCUUUUGUACUGUAUAUAAAAAAAACUAACACUUUCAAAGGAGCUGGAGCCUCUUUGUGCUGAGCCUGCUGGUUCUGAGGAGCGUUCUUUGUGUUACCACUGAAAGCCCAGCUCUAUUGAUCAGAUCCAGCACUCACUCGGUGCAGGUUUAAUUAGCUGGGCUACUUGUAGUCCCAGGACUGCGGGGCUAAGGCUACCCACAGGGCUCGAUGAGAAGGAGGGUGUAUUAAAGCAUUAAAAGAAGAGACACAGAGACAGACAGAGAAAAGAGACAGAAACCGUCUGACUGGGUUUCGGCUAAUCCUUCUCCAAAGCUUGAGGAUUGUCAGAUUCCUCAUUUCACAGACUAAAUGUCAUCUUUCUCUCUCUCUCUCAGUCCCUUACCUCAGUUUUUUACCCCUCUGUUUAGUUUGAAGGCAGCAGCUGCAGAUACAGAGUGAUGAAGUGAUACUUUCUGUCCGUCUCAAAGUGAAACCGAGCUUUCCAUGGAGAUCACUCUCACAUGAAACUUGUGUAAUCACGGGGGAAUUCUCCAGUUCUUACACCUCACGUCCGACCCUGUCAAAACGCAGUCAUGCAGAAAUGUAACGUGCCUCAAAAGUGGCUUUGUCUGGAGGAAAACUUAAAGCUAACUUGUCAGUGGAGCUGUCAGCUGGGAGCCACCCUGAAUGAAGCUGUAACAGCAGCUCAGAGGUAGAGGGGACUGCUGAUUGAUUCAGAGGCAGGGUGACAUGAAUGUGUGUGUGUGUGUGUGUGUAUGUGUGUGUGUGUAAGUGUGUGAGUAAUCAGCGGGAGCUUUAAGCUGAGUCUCCAGGAAAAUACUUGACAAUUCCAGUUUUUAUCCAUAUCUUGGGUUUGCAAUAGUUGACAAUAAUGUCUGUUUUGUGUCAGCUGCAGGAGAAUAACUCUCUCCCUGUCCGUUUUCCUGCUUAAACAUGUUUAUAUGCUGAUCAAAAACCUACUAGAAGUGAGUAUGUUAGCGCUAUAAAGGAAAGCAUUUCAGCAUGCUGCUGUGUGAUCACUGUUCAGUCUGACUAGAGCCUCUAAACGCUCUCCUCAGGAGGCUGCAGGUUUGUUCUCCUGAUGGUUUUUGUCGCCGAGGGGAUUUUUUUCUGUGACGAGUCCAAGGUGGGAAGAUUACAAGCAAAAUAAAAUGUUGAAUAAACCAGCUAUUAUUUAGGAUUAUUCUUAAUUUUGUAACUACUGGUGUUUUAUCUCUUCAAGUGUUGACAUGUUGUGUAUACAGUUUGAUUUCACUCCGACGUGAUGGACACGUUAUAAGCCCUGUUAGCCUAACUAGCUACAAAACUCACAAACAUUUUCAGUUUGACUACAAGCUACUUUUAAAUCUACAGUAUAAUAAUUUUUGAUUAACAUGAUUGAUUAUGAUGUUGUGUCAUUAUAUUCAUAACUGACAGUCUGUAAAAACGAGGAUAAAAUGUGUAUAAACUCUUUUAAAAUGAGCUCCAGUUUUAUCAGCUGCAACAAAUGUUAAAAGAGAUGUAUUAAAAAUAUAAUAAACUGUAUAAAAAUGAUCUUAAAAUGGUUCAUUCAGCUUGAUGCUCCAUUAUCUAAAAAUAAAAUUAAAAUUAAAAUUAAAUAAAUAAAGUAAAAUAAAAUAAAAUAAAAAUAAAAUAAAAGUUAAAAUAAAAAUAAAAUAAAUAAAAAUAAAAGCACAGUUUAAUCUUCUUGUACUUUUUUCAGUAAUUUUCAGUUGUAACUGUAUGUCUGUGCAGCAGUAUGACUACUUUAAAGCUGCUGUAAGAAAUUAAUCAUUUUUGGUCCGUUUUAUCAUAAACUCAUCUCAAAAGGCUCCAAAAAGCCACACUCACAUGCCAGAAUCCUUAUUUUGUAGGCUAAGACGAGCUUCUCCUGACUUUACCUUCAAAAUCUAAGAUUUGUUUAUCUAAGCCUCCGCUAAAAAACACAAAAAACUAAACCGUUCCCAAAUCUCCCUCUUAUUUCUUUAUUUUCUUCGUUUCACCCUGUCUCCGUUCACUGGGCUGCAGGAGUCUGGAGGAAAAACUGUUAAAGCUUCUUCUUCUUAAGUUCGUUGUUCUCACAGUGAACGCUUUAAAAAACCAGCUUGUGUCUGAUCAGAACUCUUUUUAUCACUCCUGUCUCUUAAUGAAUCUUGUCUCUUUUUUGAGUCUGUCUCUGGAUCGUAAUCGUCGCCCAAACCCAGGAUUAACACUGAGAUCAAAACUAUCAGACUUCACACACACACUCCAAACUGCAGACAGAUACGCUGUCAUUAUAAUCCCAGCAGAGAUAUGAGGUUUGUACCCGUCCUUCUUGUAGAACUCCAGCAUCAUGUUGUCCGUGGCGACGCUGAGCGGCCGUCGACUCUGGUCGUUCUGCCUUCGAUCCACCUGAUCCAUGUCUGGAGACGGCAUCGAGCUGUAGUUUGCGUUGUGGUUUGUGUGGACCGGGCUCCCAUAGUUCCCAGUGACGUUGAACUCGAUUUCUGAGAAAAGCAGAAACAAUUCAGCGUCUAAUUAUCAGAGGAAAACACACCCAAGUCUUGAUUUUGUGUUCCUCCUCACCUCCGGGGAAGAACCAGUCAGCGUGCUGAAUGAUCGGCUCGAUGAUACCGACGAUCUGCAGGGAGACUGUCGUCAUCAUCUCUGUGAUGUUCCUGCAGCAGACAGAGGGGAGGCAGACGUUUUACAGCGGGACAGUCAAGGAGAAACAGCAGCGAUUAAGACGUCUUCAUGACAUUACAGAAGCAUUAAAAGGAGAGAGUUAAAAUCAUUUCAGAAAUGUCGGCUUAUUAAACCACUAAUUAAAAUUUAAGGAGGCUGUAAAAUACAAGAACGUGUCCUUCACACGCCUCAAACUACUCAGUCAUCACCGUGCAUACUUCAUACAACUGGAAUAGUGAAAAGAGUCUGAGGAAACAUAUAUCUCUGUUAAAAGUGCGACACAGUCAAAAUAAAAAGCAGUGUAGGGCUGGGCGAUAAACCAAAAAUUUACUGAUACCGAAGUUUACGACAAUAACCCACGUCAUUUUGCCCAAAUGGGUAUAUUCAGUGUCAAAAAAAUAAACAAAUAAAAGUUAUAAAUAAAAGACAGGUGAGGAGAUGGAGGACGGUUCAAAAGUUGGAGCGGCUGGAUGUGGGAGGGGGUGAGCAGCUUGUGGAGUAGUUAUCAUCCAUUUAUCGUUAUCGAGGUGAACUGAUCAAUCUAUCAUGAUAUUGAUUUAAGGUCAUAUCGCCCAGCCCUAAAGCAAAGUGUCCACUUUGUAGGGAGAGAAGAGAGAAGAAGAAGGAAUAACUGACAUAGUUUUAAAGCAUGACGGCCUUUAAACAAACUCAGUAAAAUCAGAAAUCUCAAAAUCACAAACACAAAAUUUGUUUGUACCUUCGGAUAAAAUGUUGGUGAAAACAGAUUUUGAUGGUUUUUGAAUAAUUUAAACUUAGAAUUUAAUUAAAACAAAAAAACACAGGAAACAUUAAAACUGACAAAUUAUGAAGACUGUUUGCUCAUUUCAAUUUUCACAAAAUUUGGCACAGAGACGAGAAAAACUCAAACUGUUGAAAAAAAUAAACACCUGGAGGAAAAUCUCUCGACAAACCAGGAUAAGUUCUGACAGACAUGCAGAAUAAUAAGCCAUGAUAUCCAGACGCUCGGGCUGCAGUGCUUCAAAACAGACAUGACUCUGUAGUGGAAAUCACUGCAUGGGCUCAAACUCACCUCCAGAAACCAAACUGUUACACCGCUCAAGAAGAAACCCUGCGAUAUAUCUGAGAGGGGAAAUGGAAAUCUCUCCUUUGGUUCACAAAUCAAAAUUUGACCUUCUUUUUGGAAAUCUUGGAUCCUGUAUCUUCAGCUCCAAAGACAAGAAGAGUCACCUCACAGUUCAACAGCCAGCAUCCGUGCUGAUACGGGGAUGCAUAAGUCUUGGAGCAACCUAUGCUGCCGUUAAAAAAAUGACCUUCUCAGAGAGGACCUUCAUAUUUCACAGAGGAGACGCCAAAACCUGUUCAACACGUAUCACAACGACAUGGUUCUGUAGUAAGUAAAGGUGCCUUUACCCUUCGUCGUUCAUCCACAGCAGGUUCGGUCCAAGGACAAUAGCGAUGUUUCCGGGCGUCAUCUUGUUCACAUCCUGGUACUCCGUCAGCUUGGAGAGGAACUUGAUCAAAUACCUGAAGAGAAAACAGAAAAACGCUGAUUUAAUUAAAAAAUCAUCAAAUGUAACAUCGAUUUAGCCGACGCUGAUCGGCUUUCUUAAACACCAACAUCAGAGAUAACCAGAGGAGAAGUGAGGAUGAACAAUGUCUGUUUAUUAGAACUGAACAUUUAAUUUAAAGUUCAGGAAACGUCUCUUUUGUUUCAUCUAAAAUAGUGAUUUUUCAGCUAAUCUGGAGGGUUUAUGAAUAAUUUAUCAAACUCUAAAGGAAGAAAAGUCGCUCUGAAAAUCACAAAAUCACCAGAAAACCAGCGAAACUGUUUCUCCUGGACAGCACUGAUAUAUUAAACUAAAGUGCCUCCGCGCGGGAGAAUUAACAGCUUGUAAAUGUGUGGAGCUUUUGUAGGAGUGCAUGAAUUGUAGCUGCACAGAUAGCGGUCAAGGUCAGGAGGAUGUGUUGGCUUGUUUUAUCGGGCUGAAUGUAAAAUGAAGUUCUCGCAGUGCUGCAACUUUGUUAGAUUUUAAUUUAAGUGAGAAAUAAGAAAAAUACUGUGAUCCAGGUCAGGACUCCACCGUGAUACGACGAGCACGUUUCUGAACCAGACUGAGCGUACUGUAAGUUAGAGGGAGCUCUGUGAUGAGGACAAAAACUGGGCUAGUGUGUUUCUGUGGCCGAGUGACUCAUCCUGAUCUGAAGUACAGCUGAGUGAACAUCAGGCAGCUCAUUCCAGCGAGCAGCCAUCAUCUGGACAGGUCUGACAGGUCUCCUCAGAGGACGCCCGUCUAAAAAUACGCCCUAUUUGUGCAAUUUCAUGAUGACACUGACAAGAGCCGCCGAUCCUGAACUUUCAAUUUCUCUCCUGUCACUUUCCUCUAGUCUCCCUCCACACGGAUCUCCUCUGUUCUUCUGGAUUAUGAGAUAAUCCAGCAGAUAUCAGUGGAUCACUUUGGAUCGAUGUUGACGGAGUUAUUGUCAGACUGGUUUCUGCUCAAGUCCUCUUUUUUUCUGUGCAGCUCUGUUUUUAAAAGUUAUUAGGGGCUUCGUGUUUUCUAUGAUUAACAUAGAUUGUCAAUAUGAUUGACAGCCUAAAGGAGUACAGAGAUUGCGUAGCUUAUCCAGGGGAGCGUCAUCACACGGUGCAAUGUUGGUUUUAGGAAGUGGAGAAUAAACGCAGAGCUUUUCGACACAUAUGUAAACGCUAGAUGGCUUACGUACGCUGUUAGCCAAUGGAGACCAACAUCCACACAUGGCGGCCAUCUUGCUUCAAGCAGCUCCUCCACUCAUAACAUUACCGACUACAGUUCAUGUAGCAUUUAAAUAACCGUAGAUUAAUUAAUUUUAAAAGUUUGGUUUGUAACAAACCUCAGAGUUUUAGUUAUGUAUGUUAUAUUAGUAAUAUUUUUAUUAUAGGGAUAACUAUAAUAACAUACAUAAAUAUGUAUUUUUAAUAUAAAUUUCUGCCUCAUGUUGCUGUUUUAGAUGUUUUUAACAAACCAAACAGUUUGGAAAUCAUGUGCAAUUUAAGUUUUGUUGAAUCGAAAGAGCAUUUCUGCCUCUACAACUGAUGUAAAGUUGCUGGGUCAAUUUUGUUAAACGUACUCGGUCUCACUCACAGCAAGUCUGUUAGCCAAGUCAGACAGCUGAUAAACACGAACACAUUCACAAAGACUGACACUUAGACGAAAAAUGUAGGCUGUCAUACAAGAAAUUAAAGUCUCGACUGUUGUUCAGCCUUGACAACUCGACUCAAAAGUUAGCCCUUGCACGUAAAAUAGCCGUGAAACAACCGUGCUUCAUGAUUAAGUCUUUUUUUCCUCAAAGAAAAUCUGUCAUUUCAAUAUGUCCAAGUAUCCCGACUCAUAGCCACGUUAUAAAGGUCUGUAAUAAACUAAAACAUUCAUAAAUCCAUCAAGAUCUCAGCGAGUUGAGAGUAUUUUCGAUCAUGCAGAUUUCUCAACUUCCGUCAGCUACCAUAGAACGUACUGGAGUAAGAUGGCCGCCGUGUAGGGACACUGGUGACUCCGCCUCGAGUCAUCAAGCCUUUCUUAUAGAUACCUACAGCUUUUUGGCUUCAAAUCCAUAAUCCAUAUACUCCAGCAGCACCUCAUGGUGACAAAGACGAGACAGUGACUCCUAAUUUACUCUUUCUGACAAAGUCUUGGAGCAAAAGAAGACAAGGGAAAGUUUUCUGCUGUCCUCGUUAUCCUGCAGCUCCCAGAGUCUGACAGACGAGUCAGUGAGAGAACCAGUCCCACAAGUGACAAAGUGACAAAGUGACAAAGCCACAGCGUUUAAGAUCUCCUGCUGAUCUCCGCUGAGCGAGGAUUUCAUGCUUCAGUCUAUUCGGGAUUUUUGCCGGGAAAUGUAAAGUGGCAUUUAGAGCCCGAGGCGCCGCAACCCGCAAAUCGGCAAAACACAAACAGAUCAAGAAAGCAUCUUGAGCAGUCUCAGAGCACAUUAGGAGUGUUUAAGAAAUGAGCUGCAAUAACAGAAAUGAAACUAAAUAUGAAGCAAAAAACUGACUUUAGGGACUUUAGGAAGUGAGACAUGCAGCCAAGACACGCCUGUCCCAGUCACAAUGUACAGAUCGCCCAGUUUAAAAACCUCUUGAGUGACAACUUGGUCUUUUUGUUGCCAAAAAGUGACGUACAACUUCAAGAAGUGAGUGUAAUUUCAUUGUCUUUAGUACAACCGAACUGGUCUGAAUUUGGAGCCCUGGUCUUGUUUUUGUUUGUGUCACAGAAGUCACCACGACACCCCUCAUCCAUCUCUCUUGUUCAGAGGUGUUUGUGUUCAUAAAAUUGGAAAGUAUGUUUUGGACUUGUCUUUUGGUGUUCUUUCUUCUCUUAAAGUCUCAGGGACUUUUCAAAAAUCAGGGCACAACUUUGAGUUUGAAGAUUUUCUGCAGGAGUGAACGAGCUGCAGAGUUUGAUAUGCAACCAGCUGUGAUUUUUAAAUCGAAGAGAAGCUUAUUUCACCCAGAAUUCACGCUAUUUUAGUCUCACUUCAGAUAAAACCAGGCAGCUUUUUUGCAACAGUAGUUAGUCUAAAAGAUAGUCCGGGGUCAAGGUCUGUGAAACCGAGUCUUUGGCUCUGACCCAGCCUUCAUUUCAGAGCUCCAGAUAUCUUCUCCCAGUAUGAAUCAUAGUUGGCCGGCUCUGUGCUGAACAAAUUAAGCAACAUAAAAAAAAACGAGCAGGGCACCAGAGAGGACCUCGAAAAGCAAAACAUGGAAAAACUGACUCACUUGAAGUUGUUGUUGUUGGCUGGCGGGAGUUUCUCACAGGCGCUGAGGAGAGCCUGCAGUCUCUUGUCUUGAUCUUGAAUGCUGAAAGAUGACAGAAAUUUCAGAUAUUUCAAAGAAAACACGCACAAACUUAAAGAUAAGGGUUCAAAAUGCGGUCAGAGCGAUCUCUACUCGUAUUGAAAACACAACUUUGAGAAGAUACAGACUUGGAGGCUUGGAUCCAGUCGUUGUAGAGCUCGUAUGUCAUUAAGGGCUCAGGAAGCUCCCGCAGGUACGACUUCAAAGCACCUGGAAAAAAAAUAACAAGAUAAUUCAUGACGGAUAAAUUCAUCUGCAAGUUUGUCUUCAUGAAAUUUACACAUAGUCUUAAUGUCUCUGCAUGAGCUCAGAGUGUCGUCCUCAGGUAAACUAAAAGUCUGUAUUUUACACCAUGUCAUCAGUGAAGAGAUUUAAUCAUUAGCAUCAGAGCUGCUGCAGUCGGAUUAUUCAUUUUUAAUGCCUGAAUAAAAAAACUCAAAACUGAGACUCUGAUAAAAACUCCUUCAGAAAACUGUUUGAAAAUAAACCCAGAGCUAUUUCCAAACCCUUUUUCAUCAACGGCGGAGUGUGGGAGUGUAAUUUUCCAGCGCUGAUGAGAGGGGUGACGGCUGACUGGGCUUCUCUCUGACUUGUCUCUUUUUUCUCCUCUCUCUCUGGUCUGGUGCUUUUCAUUUCCCUCGGGGAUGUGUGGGAUGGAUGACAAACAACAGAGCCUCAACAGGGCAUCCCUCACUGGGAGACGGCUCGCAGGCGGCCGUCGUUCCGUCUGAGUUUGGGAGCGAACGUGUCCGUCUCAGAGUCCGAUCUGACGCAUUUAAUCACGCUAAUGCCGAACUGGAACUUCGCAGAGAAAAGGUUUCUGCUUUUCCUUUUUGAGGCUGAUUGCAGACGAACCUCCUCCCAUCAUGACCGGGACCACCCCCACUGGGACAGGACCACAAAUUAGAUUUUGUGCUGGAGCUAACCCAGUUUAAUAUGAGAUCAUUAGAGGAGAGAUACUGGGAUUCAUCUUGAAGCUGUCUCCGUCUCCACAUGCCCGAGUGAACACGGCACACUGAUUGACUCUGAUGUGAGAUCUGAUAAAGGAACACAUCGUACCGGGGUGGUGGUGUAUCUACAGCUUUUGUGGUCUUUAUGAUGAAAAGUGACCUCUAUUUUCUGGCGGCGCACUUACAGGAUUUUUAGCUGGUUUAAUCAGUCACUGAUGAGGCACUAAAGCUAUGCUAAUGAUAGAAACUAGUUAACAUGAUCAGUCCUCUAUGUUGUCCUUUUAUUCUCCAACUUCUAGAUCAGCUUUUUCUGUGUGUGUGUGUGUGUGUUUGGAAAGAGGCGACUGCAGCACCUUCAGUUCAGCAUCAAUCACAGACUGUUUUGUUUUGCCAUCACCCUCUUAAUCCUGUGGAGCUACAGAAACAGUUUAAAUGGAUCCUAAAGAAAACCCUGAUCUAUUCUCUCAUGAUUAUAAGUUAUCACACAAACAACUCAUUACUAUGCAAUGCAAUCUUACAUAAUACAGUAUAAUACCAUCCAGCUCGGUGUUACACAAUACAACACAAUGUACAACGUUCUUUUCUGAAACACGAUGAGACACAAUAAGACAGGCUGCAGCACAGACUAUAUAUGUGAUACUAUGUGAUGCAACAGGAUCUAAUAUAACAUGAUAAUCUGUUCUGACACCAUAGGAUACAAAACUGCACAAAACACGAUAUGAUAGGGCUGGGCGAUAAACCGAAAAUUUACAGAUACCAAAAUUUACGACAAUAACUGACGUCAUUUUGCCCAUAUCUGUAUAUUCAGUGUCAAAUAAAUAAAUC